ACAGAAGCAGGCCAGGAGAUCAGAGAUGGCUACCAAAACUGACAUGGAGCGUAUUGGCCUUUUCAAAGAACAAGGCUACACUACUAUUGGUGAUCUAUACCAGCCUCCCAAUAGAAAACCCUUUAAUGUCAGUGCUAGUCAAGGAAAACAAAUGCUAAUUGGAGGAACAAAGAGCAGAUGUGGACUACAGACUGGAUACUUUGCUGAAAAAUUUAACAGGAUAUUAGAAGGUGAAGCAUACACUGAUGUCAUAAAGAUAAAGAGGAAGGAAAGGAUAGAGCAGUCAAAAAAGAACAUUGGAAAGACUUGGGCACCAUCCAGCAACACUAAGCUCCCAUCUGGAGUGGGUAACUUCUUUGGCUGCUUUACAACUCAUGUUGAUGCUUUCAGUGCCGUCAAAAGAGAAAGAGAAAAGUAUAGGUCUCCAGGAAAGAAUUUCCUUGUUUCUCCAGCAAAGAAAGGAACAGGCUAUGGAUAUUUAAGGAUCACUAUAGGAGACUAUCAAAAACAUGCUGCAGAGUCUUACAAUAGAGCAAAGGAGAUAAGGAAACGUGAAGCAAAAGAAGACAUGCAGAAACGUAAAGGAGGCGCAUUCAAAUUGUGUAGCCAUGGUGCAGACUAUUUUGAUGGCAAUCCAUACAUUUCUAAGCGACCACUACCACCAAGAAGAGAAGCCUCUACACCAAAACGUGAGAAAUUGAAACCGUUCCAGCCUAGCUCACCAGCCAAAGCAAUAGGUGGUUGUAAAGCUGGUACAUUUACUCCAUACCCAGAGCAUUCCAAAGACGCAUUCAUUGUUCCCAAAGUGGGAGACAAGGAUGCCUCUAAGAAAUUCUUAGGUGGAGUCUUCAAGCCAUCGCCUUGCCCAAAGUCUACUCCAACUAAUUCCAUCGUUGCCCAGCACAUUCACAAGACAAUGAACAGUAAUAACUCCCUGCCUUGAACGGAUUGAGUAAUAAGGACUAUGUCAUUAUUAUUGUAUGAUAAACUUUAGAAUUAUUAAUUUUAAGAACCAAAAAUGCAAACGAAAAGCACAAUG